AUGUGUCAGGACCCAUCCGAAAAUGGGCGGAGCAGCAACACGGAUGCUGCCUCGACGCGGGCCCGGAACGGAAGUCCCGAGCGCCGUCCCUCCAACCCUGACUCCCAAGCUUCCUUCACCUACCAGGGCGUGGGCCGCUACAACGACGACCGCCGCCGCGACCUCGGCGGGAGUCUUCGUCUCAUGACUGAGGGAUCUGACCCCAACGGCUCUCGUCACUCGACAUCCGUGGAGAAGUCGAACAUUUGGUUUCAUGACUUGACCCUCACUUGGUCGCCCAACAACCAUCAGUACUCCAAUGGCAAGCGUAGCCGUGACAAGAUGGAGCGCGACCUCGAUGAGCAGCUGGAGCGUGCCAGGGUUGAUGGUAUACGAAGCGCUCGAAGCAUGACUCAAGAGACCUACAGCAGACUCGAUGAGACUCGAGGACCCAUCGGCGUCAGCUCUGAGAUGACAACUCCGCCGCGGAAAUCGGCAUGCCCUUGGCCUGCUGCUCGCACCAAUGGUCUGCUAGAUGACGCGGGAACACGAGGAGCGACUCAUCUCGUCGCACCACGUUGA